ACAUGCAUUUUAUGAGAUAUCAAAUAGUAUGUCAUGCAAUAGUCUUGUAUAUAUACAAGUUGGCCUCCAAGAACAUUUCAGUGGUACUAUAAUACAUAUCUCUUCCCCCAUUUAGCAAAAGGGGUUCUCCCUUUUAUUUUUUCAAAGAUUUCUGAGCCAAGAAAAGAAGAUGAUGAGGAACACAGUCCUAAAGACGAUCUUCCUUGUGGUGUUUAUUGGGUCGCUAUUGGUUUGGGUUUUGCUCCCUACAAAAUCUUACAAUAAGAAGUGGACUCCCAAGCUAACCACCAAACUCAGCCAAACUACAUACUUACGAGAGCAAGGGACAAAUCUUCUGCUUUUCUCAUUCCCUAUGAUGUUUAUAGGAGCUUUGAGCUGUGUUUAUCUCCAUUUCCAAAAGAAAUCCAAUAAUAAGUCAUCCUCCAACAGUGCUGUAAGAAGUAGCCAAUUUCGUCGUCGUUUGGCGUCAUGGAGAAAUCCAGUGAGUGUAAAAGCACCUCUGGGGAUAGUUAGCUCAGUGGAGAUCUGUUUUGUGCUCAUGUUUGUUGCUCUCCUCACAUGGUCUCUAGCUAAUUACUUAUAUGUCAGUUUUGGCAGCCUUCACAUGCAUAAAGUGGGAGAGAAAGUAUGGCAAGCUAAAUUUAGGAGUGUGUCACUAAGACUGGGUUACAUUGGAAACACUUGCUGGGCAUUUCUCUUCUUUCCAGUGACUAGAGGCUCUUCAAUUCUUCCACUGGUUGGCCUUACAUCAGAGUCUAGCAUUAAGUAUCACAUCUGGCUUGGUCACCUCUCCAUGGUUCUUUUCACUGCUCACACCGUCGGAUUCUUCAUUUAUUGGGCCAUGACCGAUCAAAUGGUCGAUGCACUAGAAUGGAGCAAAACUUAUGUAUCAAAUGUAGCAGGAGAGAUCGCAAUGGUAUUGGCAUUUGUCAUUUGGGCAACGAGUCUAAAUCGAGUAAGGAGAAAAAUGUUUGAGCUGUUUUUCUAUACUCACCACCUCUACACAGUCUAUAUCAUCUUCUACGUACUCCACGUUGGCUCUGCCUACCUCUGCAUGAUUCUUCCGGGGAUCUUCCUCUUUCUCAUCGAUCGAUACUUGAGAUUUUUACAGUCUCGGGACCGAAUCAGAUUACUCUCCUCUCGCCUUUUGCCUUGUGGAGCUUUCGAACUCAAUUUUGCCAAGACUCAAGAAUUGAAGUAUAAUCCGACGAGUAUUUUGUUUAUAAACGUGCCAACAAUUUCCAAGUUGCAAUGGCACCCUUUUACAGUAACUUCCAACUGUAAUAUGGAGCCUGAUAAGCUAAGUAUUGUCAUCAAAAGCGGAGGAAGUUGGUCGCAAAAAUUGUACAAACAGCUUUCUUCUGUGGAACACUUGGGAGUUUCCGUUGAAGGACCAUAUGGGCCAUCUUCAUUUUCAUUUCUAAGGCAUGAGGCUCUGAUUAUGGUGUGCGGUGGAAGUGGGAUAACUCCUUUCAUCUCUAUAAUCCGAGAGAUUAUGUUCCAAAAUGCAAAGCCCAAUUCUCAUGUUCCCCGAGUUGUUCUGGUUUGUGCCUUCAAGACCUCAGCUGAUCUGGCCAUGUUAGACCUCUUGCUUCCCAUCUCAGGCUCACAUGCAGAUCAGAUCUCCCAAAUUCAGCUCCAAAUAGAUGCCUACGUGACCCAAGAGAGCGAGCAGCCAACCAUCGAAGCCCAAAGCCCCAUACAGACCAUAUUGUUUAAGCCCAAUCCACUAGACAUGCCCAUCUCUGAAACUUUAGGUCCAGACAGCUGGCUGUGGCUGGGUGCAAUAAUCUCCUCCUCUUUUGUCUUGUUCCUCCUCGUCUUGGGUCUCGUGACUCGUUACUAUAUUUACCCAGUGGAUAACUCAGGAGGGUUUUACCACUACUCGUACAGAUGUCUUUGGGACAUGUUUUUGGUGUGUGCCUGCAUUUGCUUGGUCUCCAGUGUGGCUUUUGUUUGGUCUAAGAGUCGUAACACUAAGAAGGAUGAUAAUCAAAUUCAGCACUUGGAAAUGGAGACGCCACCGACGUCGUCUCCGGCUGCAUGGUCUUACGUAGUGGGGAAUAGAGAGGUGGAAAGCCUUCCUAAUCAGUCACUAGCCCAAGCUAUGAAGGUCCAUUUUGGUGCCAGGCCUGAUCUCAAGAAAAUCUUGUUCGAGUCGAAAGCAUCUGAUGUUGGAGUUCUUGUUUGUGGGCCAAGGAAGAUGAGACAUGAGGUUGCCAAAAUUUGUGCCUCUGGUUUGGCUGAUAAUCUACACUUUGAGUCCAUUAGUUUCAAUUGGUGAAGUUGUAAAUAUGAAUAUGACGAUCAUACAAUUUGCUGCUAUAUAUAUAUAUAUAUAUACUUA